GAUAUAAGAAACGACGACAUUCGUCUCUUAACCUGUGCGCAGACAAAACUUGUGUUUUUAUCUCUACAGCCAUGAAAACUCUGCUACCAGCUUUGGUCAUCGCCCUGUUUCAAGGCAGCUGUGCUACUCUGCUCAUCAGAGGGCAACCUGAGCUUGCACUGGCUGGGAAUCCUUACAGGGUGGAAUGCCUGCUGGAAGACUCUGAAUACACCAUAGACAAUGUCCGAAUGGAGCAUUAUUGGGGCAAUGAAUGGAGGGCCAUAAGCAAGGACAGGAGUGGCUCAAGGUGCUUUUAUCCAGUGACGAUGGCACGGGCAGAGGACAAAAUUAUCCUGCGUUUUGGCUUUAUGUCUCCAAGACAAGUGGGACCUUAUCGCUGUGUGUUGGACGGCCCCAAUGUGACUGCUCCAGAGUACACUGAGCCACUGAAUGUUACCUACCACUACUUGUAUGGACCAUGGAUAUCCCGGGAAGGAGACAGCAGUUUACUCGGUGACACACUCACUGUGAAAGCAGGAGACAACAUUGUGGUGAACUGCAAAGCUGCGUCGUCCGAAGACCCUGAAAUCUCCUGGUACAAGGAGGGCGAUGACUGGAUCCUUCCGUCCGGUGUGCUCACACUGAACAAUGUGAGUGCCCUGGAUGAGGGCCGCUACACCUGCACCACCAGCCACCCCACCAUCAGCUCCCUGAGCAGGAAUCGCACCAUCACCCUCAGUGUUCUGUCAAGGCUACAGUGGGCCAUGUGGAAGAUUAAAAGAAUUGCCUGCUUGUUCCCUCGUCAUGAAGGCAGACGGAUUAACGACAGCGUCAGACAGGAGAAGGGAGAGGAGAGGAAGUGGGAUCUGGACGGGAACACAGAGACCAUCCUGAUAACGGCAGGGGCCUCGGUGGCCUGCCUUGCGAUCAUCCUCUCUAUGACCGCCUUCUUCUGCUUCUGUGGCAAGAAGAUCAAGACCAGCAAAGGGCCCAUCGAUGACCACUCGGCGAAGAAGCCCAUCUACAAAUCCAGCGUGGAGUCUGUCCCUAGCACCUGCGGGGACCAACAGCCUCUUGUGUGACGGCACGUGGGCAGCUAGGAGGAGGAUGACGGGCGCGGGGGAAGAUGGAGGAAGAUAGGAGCGAGAUGGAGUGGGUGGUCUGUGAAUGAGGAAUGGGGUUAGAAUGGUACUUAAAAAGGUGAGAUAGGGCUGGUAUGAAUGGUUGGCGCUCUGAGGGGAAGGACGGAUGAGAUGCAGAGUGCCAAAAGAAAGAGAACAAAAUCGAAAUCAGUCACAAUUCGGGUGUAGAAAAAAAAGCUGAAGGGCAAAUGAUUGCUUUAGAAGCCCUUUUUUUCGCUUAUGGGUGUGGGUUGCAGUAGCUACGCAUUGGCGGACAAAAGGAGGGGCAAUUUUCUUUUCAUUUAUUCGUCGGCUUCGGAAAAUGGCGAAGCGUCUUGCGGAGUGUACGAGGUAAAGACUCCUAGCAAUUCUCGGCACACAUAAUUGCUCCACUGUGAUUAUGAAUGAGCCAUUUACGUAAUAGGACUGGGGUUGUUUAGCUGAUUUUGUUCCCUCUCAAACUACCCCCUUUAUUUUUUCCCAAGCGCAACCUGCUUUGAAACAUCUGCGAGGUUGUUUUGUUUGAAGCAUUUUGUUUUAAUGGCAUAUUGCACUUUUUAUAUUCGCUUUUUGCACAUAUUAAAUGGAUUUGAAAACCA